AUGACUUCUAAAGAGAACCUCUACAUCUCGUCUACCCCAGACGAGGUCAAGAACGCUCCGGGCCUCCACUUGCUCACCCAGAACACGCCCAAUGGCCAAGCCACACAGAUCCUGCUCGAGGAGCUUGCCGUGAAGUAUGGCACGAAGUGGACGACCACCCUGAUCAAUAUUUCCACCAAUGUCCAGAAGGAGGAGUGGUUUCUCCGCCUCAACGCCAACGGCCGCAUUCCCACUCUCGUCGACAACAGCAAAAACCCUCCCUACCCUGUCAUCGAAACCUCUGCUCAGCUGCUCUACCUCCUAAAAGAAUACGACGCAGAGGACACAUUCGGCUUCAAAGACGAGCUCGAACGUAACGAGGCGUUGCAGUGGAUGUUCUUCUGGCACGGCGGCGGCGCCCCCUACCAAGGCCAAGUCAACCACUUCACGCGCGCCGCCCCCGAAAAGAUCCCCUACGCCAUCACGCGCUACAAGAACGAGACGCUGCGCGUCUACGGCGUGCUCGAGAUCCGCCUGUCGGGCAUCUACACGGGCGGGCAGCCGCGCGACUACCUCGCGGGCGCCGGCAAGGGCAAGUACAGCGUCGCCGACAUCAAGACCUGGCCGUGGGUCAAAGGGUGGGAGCGCUCGGGCUUCGCGAAGGAGGACAUGGACAAGUUUCCUCAUGUGCUCAAGUGGAUUGACAGGAUCGCGGCGAGGGAGGCCGUGCAGAAGGGCAUUGGUGAGAAGUAUGUGCAGUCGUAG